AUGAUUCCUCCUCCAGUAGAUCCAAUCUUAUUACGUGAACAUGCAUACCAAGAAACUGGAGAUCUAGGUCUCGUCCUCAAUAAAAAUAAAUUCACAGGGAGAGGUGGUUAUAAACCCAUAUUAAAUUAUGGUCUCGGUUAUUUCAACUACGACAUGUCAUUAAAGGAUGAAGUAUACUCCAAAUCUUAUUGUUCGAUGUUGAAGGGACAUAUACAGCAACAUUUUUUAAUAUAUUUCAUUUUGUUUUUGAUUUCUUCCACUUUUUGGAUCGCAUUUUUUUUCUUCGAAUUCCAUUUUUUGAGAAGAAUAACGAAGGGAAGUUUCAAGAAUAUUAAUAAGAAAAAUAAACUUCGUUUGGAUGAUGAUGAAGAAUCAAGAAUUCAUUAUGAUGACAAACAAGAUCAAGAUUAUGAUUAUCAUCAUUUCAAAAUAUAA